UCGACGACACCACGAUACGACGCUUGUCAUCGUUCUCGCGUUCUUCGUGGUCUUCGUCCCGGUCCCGGUUGUCUCCGCUUUUCUGCUCACGGCUUCUUCGUACAAAUCGAGGAAGCUGAAGCACCGAAGAGGCUGAGGGCACCUCAAUCCUGAGGUGACGACCAGCUAGCAGCUCUCGUGGUGGUAGCAGGGUGCGACAACGGCCGCUGUUACGGGACGUAGUACGUCUGCCUCGAGAUGGAGAUCGAGGCGAAACAACGGAACCAGAGAAACCGGAGACGAGAACGAGCCCAGCGUAUGUUAGCGCAGAGGGAGAGCCUGGCCACCGCGAAGCAGCAGCAACAGCAGCAACAACAGCAACAACAGACCAGGCAACGACCGAACGACGAGGAGGACAGCCACAGCGGCGAGGACGAGGACCCCGCCGCCGGUCUUGGCCUCGGACUCGCCAGGACCGGUCAUCCUCGUGACAGCCAUUCGCGACCGCCCAGGCCACCGCGACCCCCGAGGCCUCGCAAGAAGUCUUCCCUCGCGGCUACCAACCAGAAGGAGCCUCCCUUCGAGGAGGACAUUAUUGACGGCUUUGCCAUACUCGCCUUCCGCACCUACGAAGAACUCGAGAGUGCAAUAAAGCUAGCUGGUAAAAAUAAUGUCAAGAAGUUACAUACGCUACUAUCAAUAGUGGAAGAGAAACCAAAAGUGGAUACAGGACAGAAUAAUAGACACAACGAGCAUCACAUCAAAAACCAUUUCAAGCACAACCAUUAUUCACACAAUUCCAUACUGACACCUUCGACGAUCAACCAGGGCCUAGAUGCAGGUACAAGUGACGAUAGUGGUAGAGCAUCUGAACAAUUGCAUGGCCCUGGUAUACCUAGGGAUUGCCAGGACGCUGACAGUUCCAGGGACCACCUCAGCGAUGCUAGCAGUCAUUGCAGUUCGGGUAAAGGAUACAUCUGUGAUAGUGAAGGAGAAGACGAUAAGGGCUCGGAUGCUGAAUCGAUACUCUUUGAAUCUUCUACCCCACCACCCCUUGCACGUAAAUACGAAUUGCCAUCGUCUUCACCACACGUUUUGCCUCCAGCAAACGGGGCAGGAGGUUCACCUCCAGACACGGGUGGACAAAUUUCUAAUCCAGCAACGGAUGCUCCGGCACCUAUACCACCUCCUGUGCCUGCGUCUGCACCAGUUCCAACAGCGCCAAGUCCUCCCAGUCCUACUCUACCCCCCCACAUAUCCCAGCCACCUAUGACUAGUCCAUUGGCAGCAAACCCACGUGCAAUAGCUCCGCAACAGCGGCCAGCUUCCCCUGCUCUGCCACCUCCCUCCUUAUCCCAACAGCCUCACACUACAAUACCCGCGUUACAUCCACCGAAUGUACCCCUCGUUUCGUCGAGUCAUACAACUAGUCCUGCGGUAGCCAGUUUAGGUGUUACCCCAGCAGCACCAUCAAACGGAGCUACAACUACGAGCUAUCCACCAUCGAUACCCAUGGCUGCUUAUCCUCAAACACAACCAUCUUAUCCACCCCUCUAUACACCGUAUACUGCUCUAAAUCACAGUCCAUACCUUCCACCUGCAGUUCCGUCUCCCUCCCAUUCUGCUUCUUCACGAGCGGAAGUGAGAGGAAGUAGAGCUUCCCCGUGUACUAACAUAAGCAAACAACAGCCUAUAGGAAAUAAUACCACAAAUCACAAUACUCCUCUAAGCGCUGCCACUACAACAUGCGUGUCUACGAUAACUAAUACUGUUACUACGGCGAAUACCAUUGCUCACAGAGACAUGGUAGCCUGCAGUUUGACUGGAAGAAACAAUAAUUCACCUCGUGGACAUAGCCCGAAUCGAGAAAGGGAUAGUUAUAGCAGUAACGUCAGUAGCCUAAGUCGAGGUAGCAUAACGCCUGUAAGUGUGCCAAACACAUCUUCUCCAGCCAAUUCUAGUCUACCUGCUUACACCAAACCAACGCAAGGAUGGAUUGGUAGCAGCACAACUUCACAAUUGUCUCCGGCAACAACAACAUCAGUUCCAAGGCCGACUCCUCCACCAGUACCACUUGGCAUGCACACGUUUCCGCCGCCAAUGUUUGCGGCACCGCUACCACCUCCCGUGUCCAGUUCCAGUCCUCACACGUCACUGCCUUCAUUACCACCGCCAACGACCAAUCCCAAUCCAUUUUCUGCCGAGUCACUUUUUCAAACAAGGGUGACUCAUGUCGCAGGUCAGACAGACCUGUUAAGGCGAGAGCUUGACAAUAGAUUCUUGGCAUCCCAAGACAGAAACGUCGGAGUUGGAGUUGGCAAUCUGGGACCGCCCCCAUAUCUUAGGACAGAGAUGCACCAUCAUCAACAUCAGCACACUCAUGUACAUCAACACACGACACCUCUGCUUCCACCGACGGCCGCGACUACUUUGUUUCCACCCCCUAUAUUCAAGGACAUCCCAAAAUUGGGAGGUGUUGAGUCUCCAUUUUUUCGUGGGAAUCUAAAUCUUUCUAGUUAUUCUGGCUUUAACGCUGGCCUCCUGCAUCCCGGAAUUGGCCCACCUUCAACUCCUUUUGUACCUCCGAACCAUUUAACAUCAUUUGCACCAAAGAAGAGUGGGAAAUGGAAUGCAAUGCACGUACGCAUAGCCUGGGAAAUUUAUCAUCAUCAACAGAAACAACAAGCGGAAGCAAAGGCGGGAAGUGUCGUUAAUACUAAGACAGAACUAUUGAGACCACCAGGUCAUCUUUAUCCAGGAGGCCCAGGCAGUGGCCUUGGAAUUGGAGCACCUCCUAUGGCACCUCCAUUCCCGACUAACAUACCACCAGCUCACCCUGCCCCACCUCCACCUCAUCCUGUUGGUUUCCUGUCUACACCAGCGUCACAUUUAGGAACAGGUAUGUCACCAUUUGGAAGAUAUCCAUCAACAUUUGGCGCUCCGAAUCCGAAUUUCCCCGGUCUUUCUAGUUUCCCACCGUCGAGAGAAAUGCCACCAUUGGGUGGACUCGGUUCUGUGCAUGAUCCAUGGAGAGGAUUACAACGAGCCUCUACCGGAUUUCCACCAACUACAGCAGUACCGUGGAGUCUAAAACCGGAACCGCCGGCGAUUGAUAGACGAGCCGAACUCGAAGAACGCGAACGCGAACGUGAGCGCGAACGUGAACGUGAGCGUGAGCGCGAACGUGAACGAGAACGUGAACGAGAACGUGAGCGCGUUAGACGCGAGAAGGAAAGGGAACGAGAGGAACAGCGCGAAAGAGAGAGAAGGGAACGUGAGAAGGAAGAAAAGAGGAAACAGCAGGAAGCUGAACGAGAGAGGGAGAGGAGAGACAAGGAGCGUCGAGAGAUGGAACGACGAGAGAUGGAGCGUGAAAGAUUAAUGCAUCAGAACCGGCAACACGUGGUCGUGGCUCGAGAACGGUCACCUUUAAGGAAUGGAUCUGCAUCUAUUGAGGCUGGAGAGGUACGCGUUAAAGAGGAACCAAGAAGUAAAGACGACGAAGUAGUAAUGCUUCCAAGACCACCAGGUCCUGGCCCUGGAGCAGCGUCCACGACAGGGCCCGGUCCAAGUCCACUGCCUGACACGAGGUAUCAUCAUCCUCAUCCUCAUUCAUACCUUGCAAGGCAUCCUCACAGCAUGCCUACUCCGCAUUCCAUGCCAAGAAGUAUGCUUCCUGGUUUGGGUGCACACCCGAUGCAACAUUUUCCACCACCGUCAGGGCCUACUGGACAACCAGGUGGCCCUUGGGCUGGAGAUCCCUUCAGGGACUACCGUUACGAUCCAUUGCAACAAUUACGUUAUAAUCCAUUGAUGGCUGCAGCUGCAUUUCGAGCAGAAGAGGAGGAAAGGGCUAAACUUUACGCCGGUUAUCCACCACCACCUGUAAAUUCACUGAGAAGCAAGGAUCCAAGUCCUGGACCGUUAAGUAAUCUACACAUGCAUCAUAGAGCUGGACCUGGACCAGGGGUACCAACGCGACAAUUAGAGCCAGCCUUGAUGCACGCGGAUAUACACAAAAAAGAGGACACCUCCCAAUCCCGAUGAUACAUCCUCCCCGCGUCCUCGGCUUCUGCAACUGAACGCACUAAAGGGUCAGCAUUCUGAGCAUCUCCGUAAAGUUUCCGAGCCCCUGGUGCUGAUAUUUUGCUAAUGGAGAAGAGGCGUUAUUUAAAAAAAUUGUACAUAGAUUAUAUAAUAUUUAUAGUUAUUGAAAAAGUAAGUGCGAUGAUGAAAUACAAAGAAGACG